UAGCUAUUUACAAGUUUUACCCCUAGAAGUCUAAUGGACCUAAUCUGACGUCACGUCCGCCGCGCUGUGAUAGCAUUCAUUAGCCUAUCUGUCUUUGUGCGCUUCGUGAGCUUCGAAUCAUUCGUAAACAUGUCUGGAGAAAAAGAACCAGGAAAGCUGUUUGUUGGGGGACUGAGCUGGGAUACCACAUCAGAGGGCCUAGAAUCAACCUUCAGCGAGUAUGGCGAGAUCACAGACUGCAAAGUCAUCACCGACAGGGAGACAGGCAGGUCUCGUGGCUUUGGAUUUGUAACAUUUGCGAACGACAGUGACGCUGCCAAUGCCAAGAAGUGUAUGGAUGGCACCGAGCUUGAUAGUAGACAGAUCCGUGUGGACUACGCCAGCAAGAAGAGUGAAGGCGGCGGAGGUGGCUACAGGGGUGGUCGUGGUGGCGGCCGGUAUGGUGGCGGUGGUGGUGGAUAUGGCGGCGGCGGAUAUGGCGGUGGCGGCGGAUAUGGUGGUGGCCGUGGAAGACGCCAAGGAGGAGAUCGUUACGGAGGUGGAGGUUAUGGCGGCGGCCGUGACAACCAGUAUGGCGAUGGUGGCGGUGGACGGAGCUACAACCGUGGCUACAAUGAUGAUUCUUCAGGAUACGAGUCCCGCCAGCAUCGGUACCAGCCAUACUGAGAAGCCACAGGACACAUCCCCAAGCCGAAGAUAGGGGAGGUUAACUGUUUACUCUUAUCAGCACCCAAGGUUACUGAGCUAGUGUCAAUGUGUAUCUUACAUGAAGAUGUUCCUAGGUGCCUCUUGCUGUGCUCAGAUGCAGCAAGGGACAUUUAGGAACUUCUCUUAAGGGUGUUUGUAUGUUAAACUUUGUCACAUAUCUUGUAUUACCCAAUUCUGUACCUGGUUGGAAGUGAAUUAAGGUAGUUCCAGGUUUUCUUGAGUAUUAAAAUAUUUUUUCUUGAUGUACAAGUAGUGAGUAAAAAAAAAUCUCCCCAUACAUCAACGUUUGAUCCCUUGUGAAGCAUUGGCAAAUCCUUGCCAUGUAUUCCACUAUAUACGAAUAACACAUCUGUACCAACAUGUAAAACGAUAAACAUAAGUCCAAAAAUGGCAUGUAGUCUGCUGGGGUGCUAGUUUGUAUGCAUUUAUAAUGAUAAAACUAAGGUAGAACUGUAACUGUAAGAAGAUUUCACCUGAAGUGAAUAGUUUGCUAGGUAUCUUUUUGCCAAUUUUGAUUUCCUGAUCUCGGUUCUGUCACUAAAUGGUUCAGGAGGUUGACUUAACUGUUAAGUUCAUACUUGUGACUCCUUGGAAUUAGAUGUGGUCAUGUCAAUGUAUUUGAGCAACAACCAACACAAGAGGACAAAGACAUUUCCAAGUGAGGAUGACUUGUGAGAAGAGAUAUUUUUCAAGUCCAAGACAGUUUGUUUUGUUAAGCUGAAAUGUAGUUUGCAAAAGAGAGAUUAUGUUCGUAUCCUUCAGAUGAUAAUUCUUGCCUGUGAGUAAGUGGCAGAUAAAAGGCUUCUAUAUGCAGUAACUGGAAAAAAACUUAAGGCAGUGCACACUGUAUUCACUUCUACUCUAGUGCUUUUCUACUAAAGGACUUGUUGAAGACAUUGUUGUAGUUAAGAAAAAUGUGCUUAAGUAAGGAUUUGACAUGUUGGCAGCUGUGACUUGAGAAAUUGACCUGUGUGAUAUAGUAAGUCGUUCCAGGCUUGCUACAGUUUUACGUACAUGUAUUUGAUUCUAAAGGAAAGUGGUCAUUGUGCAUUCCAUCGUUUGAUAGUUUUAAACCACGAAAAAGUAUCAUUUGCAAGCUUACACCUAUGUAUUGGCUAUUCCAUUUAUUAAGGCAGUCAUGAAAAUUUCUUGGAAAGGAUAGGGCUGGGAAGAUCAACAACGUAGUAGAAAGGAAGUGAAAGAAAGGGGAGGAAGACUUGCUGAUCUCCUUUCCUAAGAUUUUAAAUGGAAUAGCUUUUAUCUUUCUUGAGAUGACCAAUUCCUGUGGGCCAGUUAGACAUCUUACUCAAAGUGGUCUACGUACAUGCCAAAGUGCUUACAAAGCAUCAUAAUGUGAUCUGAUUUGUUAUCAAACCCCCAAAGUUGCUGAAUAAUUGUCUAUUUUUGUAUUGCAUUAUCUUUUCCAUCAAUGUACAAAUGUUUACACCUGUAUACAACAUUGGAUAUGUUUGUAGUGACCAAGUCGAGGAGAGAACCAUCAAGUAUACCUGAUAAUUGUAUGUGAAGAAAGAACAAGUUGAACCUACAUCACUGAAAUGCCGCUGAGAGCAAACUGGCAAAAUCAGAACGUCCAUGUAAUUCUUUUUAUGCACUUCAUUUUUAAUUGUCACCAAUAAAACAUAGUCUUCGGUAA